AUGCCACCGAAAGCCUCUUUUAAGGAAGGUGUCUUUUCAUCCGCGGUGGUUCGAGCGCGUCUGGAGGCGUUGGUGCCUUCUUUGGACGAUGAUGUCUCCGGGGGGGUCGUUGUUUCUCUCGCGCUCGAAGUGGUGGUCGAGGAGGAGGAGGACACAAAAAGCGAGCGGGAAAGUCAAUCGCGCGGGGUUUCCAACCGCUCUUUCGAGGAGAGAGAAGAACCGAACGAGGAAAAGAGGAAGAUGUUUCUGUCCGCGCAGGAUGAGAAAAUUGGGCACUUGGAGGAUCCGAUUGCGUUCACGGAGGAGGAUUUUUUACGACCAAAAUUCGCGCAUCGUCGUAGCCAUCAUCAUCGCGACCACGGUGGUGGUGGGCAAACGCACCACGAAAGGACGCAGUCGUCCUUGAAUAACGCGACGACGUGUUCGAUUUUGUCUUUGGAAGAUUCCGCGUUGGAUGCGACUCUUGGAGCGGAGGAAGCGGAGGCGCUCGCCGCGCGGGGGAGGAUGUACGAGCGAAACACGGAUUUGAUGGGGGAGGAGGAAGAGGUGGAUCCGAGGGUGGAAACCGCUUUGGAAGAUUUGAACGAUGCCGCGGAGGAAGUGAAUAAAGCGGAGCAAGAGUACGAUCGAGGGAAGCGGACGUUGAGAGAGGAGAAGGAGCGCGCGAGGGAAGCCGUGGACGGGAUGUAUAAACAGCUCGGCGGGGCGGUGAAGAAGGCGGUGCCGGCGUUGCACAAGAGGGCGGUGGCGAGUUUGUAUCAGAAUAGAAGUCAAGAGGCGAUGAUUGCGCACGCGGAGUGUUUCGAUCACCACGAGAAGUGUAAGAAGACGGUAUCAAAGUUGGAGAGGAUGUUGGCAAAGACGCGCGAAGAGACGAGGGAAGAGGACGACGACGCGUCUCCUUCUUCUUCUCUUUCUUCUUCUUCUUCUUUUAGCAAAGAUGAAGACGAGGAGGAGGAUAAUGAAGAAGAAACAGAAGAACGGGUAGACGAAGACCACGGCGACGAUAACCACAACCCGGAACUCGCAACAACCUCACCUUCCGCCUCUCCGAAAAAGAAGAAGAAACGGAAGAAGAAAAAACGGAUGGACAAAUCGAACCUCCGCCUGCUGGAAAAACUCUCCGAAGCCGUCGCCAACGUCACCGAAGCCGAACGCGUCAUGCGCCGCGCCUUGCUCGCGCACGAAACCAACGCCAAACUCGCCAUGGAAGCCGUCGACGAGUGCGCGCGCCUCUCCUCCAACACCAAAAACAUCCGCGCGAUCAAAAAAGCUCAGCGCUACUUUGCGAUAAAAAAAGAAGGCGAAGACGCGAUCGAAAAACUCGAAUCCUCGGUGAAAGAGAUGCGCGCGAAACUAAAAACGUGCAAAAGCAGGUACGGCGAAUGUUUAGAACAAUUAAACGCCAUCAGCAAAGAAAUACACGAAAGAAGGGAGCUGGAGAAGAAAACAAAGGCUUUGAAAUUGAUGAAGAGUAGUGCUAAAUAG